AUGCCCUUCCGCCAGGCUUCGCGGCAACAGAGCCGUCAGAUGUCUGUUGACCCUCACAACGAGAUCCAUGUCCAGCAAGAUCAUUACAUUGGCAUCGAUGUCGGCACUGGAUCUGCACGAGCUUGUAUUAUGAACUCGAAGGGAGACAUUGUUGGUCUGGCAAGCGAGAACAUUGGCCUUUGGCAGCCAGAGACUGGAUACUACGAGCAAUCGACGACCAACAUCUGGAGAUGCAUUUGCUCCUCCAUUCACCGCGCCAUGGACCAGCACAGCAUCGACCCUUCUAGCAUUCGAGGCAUAGGAUUCGAUGCCACCUGCUCCCUGACCGUUUUCUCCGAAGACACCGACGAGCCAGUCUCCGUCACGGGACCAAAAUUCGACAACGCGGAUGGUAACGAUCGUAAUGUCAUCUUAUGGCUCGAUCACCGACCUGUAGAGGAGACGAAGAAGAUCAACGCCACAAACCACAACCUGCUUCGAUAUGUGGGUGGACAGAUGAGCAUCGAGAUGGAAGUUCCGAAAGUGCUGUGGUUGAAGAAUCACAUGCCGAAGGAGGUGUUCGACAAGUGCAAGUUCUACGAUUUGACCGAUGCUUUGACACAUAUGGCGACGGGUAACGAGACAAGAAGCUUCUGCUCUGUUGUUUGCAAGCAAGGAUAUGUACCGGUCGGUGUUGACGGCAGUGUCAAGGGCUGGCAGGAGGAUUUCUUGACGGAGAUUGGCUUGAAAGACCUGUGCGAGGACAACUUUAAACGCAUGGGUGGAGUCAACGGGGUGAACGGACGAUAUCUGACAGCUGGUGAGCUGAUAGGCACUCUCUCCGAAAAGGCCGCAUCCGAUAUGGGCCUACCUGCGGGUAUCGCUGUCGGCAGCGGUGUCAUCGACGCAUAUGCUGGCUGGAUCGGAACCGUUGGAGCCAAGGUGAAUCUGCCGAGCGCGAACAUCGACGCCAACGUAGCAAAGAACGACGUUUCGCAAGCCUUCACUCGGUUGGCAGCCGUGGCUGGUACUUCUACCUGCCAUCUUGCCAUGAGCAAGAAUCCGGUCUUUGUUGAUGGUGUAUGGGGUCCAUAUCGCGAUGUCCUCAUUCCAGAAUACUGGGUGGCAGAAGGUGGACAGUCGGCUACUGGGGAGCUGCUGAAACAUGUCAUCGAGACACAUCCAGCUUUCCAGGAGGCAAUGUCAGUGGCUGAGACCUUCAACGCCAACAUCUACGAUUAUCUGAACGAGCACCUUCGCGAGAUGCAGGAGAAGAUCAAUGCUCCCAGCAUAUCAUACUUGGGCAGGCAUUUCUUCUUCUACGGUGACCUGUUCGGCAACCGCUCCCCAAUUGCGGAUCCGGAGAUGAAGGGCUCAGUCAUUGGUCUGAGCAGCGACAAGAGCAUGGAUGGUCUCGCUUUAUACUACUACGGCACAAUGGAGUUCAUUGCUCUCCAGACCCAUCAGAUCAUCGAGCGCAUGAACAAGUCGGGUCAUGUCAUCAGCUCCAUUUUCAUGUCUGGCUCUCAAUGCCAGAACGGCGUGCUUAUGGAGCUUAUGGCGACGGCCUGCGACAUGCCAGUGUUGAUUCCCCGAUACGUGCACGCUGCUGUUGUACAUGGUGCGGCUAUGUUGGGUGCCAAGGCGGCCUCGACGAACAAGGAGGGUGUUUCGGAGCCAUUGUGGGACAUCAUGGACCGUAUGUCGAAGCCUGGUAAGGCUGUACACCCGAAUAAAGACCAGGGCGAAAAGAAGCUGUUGGCGGCCAAGUACAAGGUGUUUCUCGAGCAGUGCGAGCAGCAGAGGCAGUUCAGAAAGGAAAUUGAUGAAGCUACUUCAGGCUGGUCGAGGUAG